GUUCAGUUAAAAUUCCAAUUUUAGCGAUUGUACAGCAAGCAAAAUUCAAGUCUCGCCGGGAUUAUGUCGACCACACAAUCAAAAACAACCGACAGCUUCAGGCUCUGUCACUUAACUUUACUGCGCAUGCCCAAACGGAAAUAGUUUGGGUAGCAGAAACUGUGGUUACUGGGCUGCCAUUUUGGCUCGUCUGGUGCGUUAGCUUGAGUGGGGCUGGUACCCCGACCGCAGAGCCGGAAUGGAGUAGAUUUACAGUGAGGCGUUCCCAAUGUAUAAAGAAACAGUACACCGUCAUGUGAGGUUUGUUUACUUCCGUCAGGACAUCAACUGCACGUGUAGUGAAAGGCCAUGGCUGCUCCCGACUCCUCUAAACCCUUCAGCCCAGCAGAGACCCAGAGGAUUUUGCAUCAUCUGCAGCAGCCCGCAGUCUUCCUGAACAUGACCUGUGGCUGGCCUGUACUCCACUGGACUGCAGAGCACCUGUCUGACUGCCUUGGUGACAAACUCGUCCGAUUCCGGCUUGGGAAAAAAAAAGAGGCGCACACACCACUGUUUGAAACCCAUUGUUCUUAUGUGGAGGCCAAACUGGUGCACUUUCUCAGCUGGAACCGGGACCAGGCUGGGACAGAUGUAGGGCCUUUCUUUAAAUACCCCAAAUCAGAGUAUUGGGCCUAUGCUGACUACAAAUACAUCGCCAUAUUGUUUCAAGAUCAGCCUUCCAUGUUUGAGCAUGUAAAGUGGUCCGAGUUUGGUUUUGAGGGACGUAAUGGGAGAGAGAGCACCUUAUGGAUUGGCUCAGAGGGGGCCAACACACCAUGCCACCUGGACUCUUAUGGCUAUAACCUGGUACUGCAGGUACAUGGACGGAAGCGCUGGCACCUCUUUCCUCCAGAGGACACUGUUAACCUCUACCCAACCAGGAUCCCUUAUGAGGAGUCCAGUGUCUUCAGCCAGGUAGAUGUUCUCAAUCCAGACUUGAGGAGGUUCCCUGCAUUUCAGGAAGCCAGGGCACAUACGGUCACUCUGCAGCCAGGACAGGUGCUUUAUGUCCCCAGACACUGGUGGCACUAUGUGGAGUCAGUGGAUCCCAUCACUGUCAGCGUCAACUCCUGGAUCGAGUUGGAAGUGGAUGACGUGGCAAGAGUCAGUGAAGCUGUGACCAAGGCUGUUGUCAGUGCGCUUAAAAGCGCACCAAGUGAUGACAACACUGAUGACUGGCUCAACCCCACCGAGGAAGGAGUAGCAUCCCAUAAUGACAACAUGCAGUAUGUGAACAUGGCAGUGAGAGCUUCUGCUCAAAGACAGCAGGGCCUCUGCCACAGCAAACUGACCCAGGACCCAAGAGACACCCAACCAGUCAAGCGGGACUCCAGAGGACAAAUCAGGACAAACAGCGAUUUGGUCAGGGAUUCUGCGCUCUUCAGCGUUCCCUUUGGACCACAUCUCAUCCCUGUGUGCUGUCAGCAAGAGUACUCGCCAGAAACGAGGGGGGUGACCACUAAAGAUCUGGAGGUCAAAUCUUCCAGGAACUGUAAUGCCCAAACUCCAGAUGACUGCACCGCCAACUCAGACGCGGCAACGAAAACCAAGCUUGCAUCUGCUGUCAACCAUGGAAAAAGUGAAUGUAGCCCUGGUUUAACUCAAUAUAGACCAUGUGACCAUGCUGAUGUGGCGUCAGAGAAGUCUUCAGAGGAUUAUGAGGAACCAGUACACACAACAAUAACCACUAAUGACCUGUUAGACUGCCUGGUGCAUCCUGAUAUCAUCGACCGCGUCACAAAGCUUUUACUGGAAAGGCAUACAGGAGGUCCUCCUGAGAUUAACCCCGGAUGUGGGAAGUCACAACCACAACUAAUCAUAAUGUGAUGAGUGACGCCAUUAAGUGGCUUUAACAUUUCCUUGUUUUUGUUGUCCUGCACAUACUAAUCCUGUUUGGUUCUUCCAGAGUAAGCAAAAUGACCACCUAAAUCAAUUUAGUAUGCUAAUAAGCCACAUAAUUCAAGGUAAUAUUCCUGCAAUGUGAACAUUUGUUUUCUGCGUAAUGUUUGCCUGUCAUUUACUAAUGAAAAUUGCCACAGAACAACCAGAAGGCUGAUCGUAAUGGUUUAAUGAUUGAUUGAAGCUGUUAAGGAGCACUCAAUGACAUGGGUCUGUUUGAAUACAGUCUGCCACCGCAGGUCUCACAGCUGCGGGAGAAAGGAAGGUUGCACAUGUAUAAGAAUAAUAAAUGUAAACUGUCUACUAACAUUUUUUUUUUUACUAAAUUGCAUUCUAGAGAGUGAACGUAGAUAUUCAUUGUUUUAAAAUGAUUUUACAAUUUCAACAUUUUAGUACAAAAUUAUUUUCUUAUUAAAAUUGAUAGCAAUGCACAUUUUAAUCUUCUUCAAAAUUGACAGCUCAAAAAUAAAUGGCACAAAAACAACUGUUUACAGUUUAUAGGGAGCAGCAUUUACACAUUCCCUGACUACAAAAUAAAUUAAAGUAUUUUAUGAAGUUAAAGGACCACACUGUUGGUUUUGCAUGUUUUAGCACAUAAACUACAGAUCUGACUAUUUCUUGAUUGUUGUGUGGUAAUGCAAGUAGGAUUUCCUUGAUGAUGUGGCAUUGAUCAGCUUUGCUUUUUGUGGAAAAUCAAACCCAGAAGAUGGACAAUAAGAAAACUUCAGGAAAAGAAAAUUCAUUUGGUUUCCUACACAGAAAUAUCAACGUCUGCUCCUAAAUCUCAUCAAGCUGAGUUUUUAUACCGAUCAAUAAAAAGGCAGCUCACAAAAAAUAAAGGCUACAAAUGUUUCAUUGUGUUGUAUUAAACUUAAACAUUUGCAAUGCUUUAAAAAUGGGUUAAUUGUACUGUUCUCUACUGAAUUUUAAAUGAAUGACCUAUAAGAUACAAAACCACCAAUAACCAUGGUCCUUUAAUAUCAUUGGUAAAGGCAAACAAUGUAAACAAUUUCUUCAAUGUGUUCUGUCAAAACCAGUACAGGUUACGGUUAUUAUGUAGCAUCAUAGAAAAUAUUACAUUGAUAUGGACUUAAUAUGUAAUAUUUAUGCAACAAAUAUAUACAGCAUAUAAUGGUCGACAUUCAUUUAUAAUAAGAGUGUUGAUCGUGGUGUGGUAUAUCACAGUAUUCAGCAUCUUUUAAACACUAUCAUGUAUUCAGUCAGGUUAAAAAUGUUGAAUUGACUGGGGUGUUAAGAAACAUUUCAAACACUAUAUUGAAUGAUGUGACAAACAAAUCCUGUACUUCUAACCAGAAGAUCCAUUGAUCACUUCACACUGCUUCAUUAUCACAAAAGUACCAUAACCCUUUUAAUGUUCUGCUCGAACGGUUUGGUAGAGUACAUUUUGAGUCACUCUGUUGUAAUGAACAGCACUUUAGGUAUGUUGUGCUAAAAUCUGUCUUUAAAUAGUAUGCCUUUUUGGUUAGCCUCCUUAUUAGAAGUUAGUAACAAAAAAAGUCACUCCAGACAUGAGAAAAAUUGGGCAUAUUUUUUCAACAUGAUUUCAGAGGCCUUGUGUAGUAAGGGUCAACUCAUUUGUUAAAAACAUGCUCUAUCAAACAGGUUGAUUUUCAAGAAGCUAAAUAAACAAUUUGCUAAGAAAAAACAAAA